AUGACGCCGACUCCAACAACUGCCGGCGGUUCCAGUACCGUGGACUCGGGUCGGACACCAGGCAUUCCCCCUAGCGCCGACUCAGAGUCAGUGCAGACACCGACCACGUCUUUGACUACGACAACAGCUGCGGAGACAACAGCUCCAACUCCUCAGCGGGCCGCAGCUCAGACGAGUAUCCAAUAUCUACUCAAUCCUGUCGAGGAUGAGGCCGUCGAGCCGCUCCAGGUCGAUACCGAUAUUGCCAACCCCGGCGAAGAUAGCGACUCCGCCUAUGGCUCCGACAGUGGCACCGCCUACACGGGCUCCAUAACCUCCUCCAUAUUCCACUACCAGUACGAAAACGGCCGCCGAUACCACGCCUACCGCGAGGGCCAGUACGUCCUCCCCAACGAUGACCAGGAGCAGGAACGCCUAGACCUGCAGCACCACAUCUGGCGCUUGCUUCUCGGUGGCCAGCUAUACACGGCGCCGCUGCCUGCGCCGGAGGAUCGGGAGGCCGCCGACAUGCGCAUCCUAGACCUCGGCACGGGGACGGGCAUAUGGGCCAUCGAGAUGGCCGACGAGUACCCGAGCGCCCAAGUCUACGGCGUCGACCUCUCGCCCAUCCAGCCGGAAUGGGUCCCGACCAACUGCAAGUUCCAUGUCGACGACUACGAGGACGCCUGGACGUACCGCGAGGACGAGCGCUUCGACUACAUCCACGGCCGCGCCCUCAGCGGCACAUCGUCCGACUGGGCGCGCUUCUACGACCGCGUCAUGGGCGGGCUGAAGCCCGGCGGCUGGGUCGAGAUGCAGGAGUACGACGCGUGGAUCUUCAGCGACGACGACAGCUUCGAGAGGGCCGUGUGGACCAAGGAGUGGGUCACGAAGCUGGACGAGGCGAGCAAGGCCUACGGCAAGCAGAUCAACGUCGCGAGGCACCACAAGCAAUGGAUGAUCGAAGCGGGCUUCGAGGAUGUGCAGGAGCUCGUGUACAGGAUACCAAUCGGCCCCUGGGCUAGGGAUCCCGCCCUGAAGGAGCUUGGCCGUUGCGAGCUGGUUCACAUGCAGAUGUCUGUCGACUCACACACGCCGGCACUCUUCACUCGGGUCUUGAACUUCAGUCACGAACAAGCCCAAGUGCUGAUGGAGGGCGUCAAACGAGAGUUCCGCAGCAAAGACUACAGGCUCAUCACAAGCUACCGGUUCAUCAGGGGGAGAAGGCCGAGGGCGUGA